AUGAAAUCCAAAAAGAAUCUGUAUUCAUUAGAAACACGUCUAGAAACAUUUAGUGGAACAUGGCUUCAUGGGUCGAAAUCAAGAGCCAAGAAAAAUCAUGUUUCAUGGCCUCAUGUAAAACCCACGUCGAGCCAAAUGGCGGCAGCGGGAUUUUAUUUCAAUCCGAGCGUAGAUAGCAAGGAUAAUGCUACUUGUUUCAUUUGCCAACAUUCAUUAGAUGGCUGGGAAUCAGAGGAUGACCCAAUACAAGAACAUCUGGCACAUGCUUCAAGUUGUCCAUGGGCUCAAUUAUGCGGUAGACCUUGGAUGGUUGAUGAAGAUGUUGAACCAGAGACAUUAUACGACACUAUUUAUAAUCCACAUACUGAAGAAUCGUUAAAUGCUCGUCUCGAGACAUUUGCAGGAUGCUGGCCACAUGAUUCAAAAAAAGGUUGGAUUCCUAUCAGUUUGAAUAUGGCCAAAGCAGGUUUCUUCUACUCGUCGGCCACUGUUGAUGAUGAUGUUGCCAAGUGUGCUUAUUGUGAAAUGGAAUUGGAUGGAUGGGAGAUGAGAGAUGAUCCAAUACUGGAACAUAAAAGAAGAAACGAACAGUGUCUUUUUUUUACAACUGAGCCUCCACUGGGUAGUGAAGACGCAGAACCAAUAAAGCAUGCCCAGAGCACACGAGGUCGUAAGGUUUCUAUUGGUACUGAGACAGCUUCGGAUAAAGUGCCUGCAGCAAAGAAAGGGCAGAAGAGACCAAGUACAGCAGGCUCAGAAGAUAGUGAAGAGCCACAAACAAAAAAGAAAAAAACGACAAAGAAAACCAAGACCCCAGCUCCUAAGACACCAAAGGAAGGUAACCUUCGACUUUCAAUUUUUGAGGAUAGCGACGAGGAUAUGGCAGAUGAGCCACUUACGACAGCAGAGAUACCCCAAAAGUUACGAGGUUUUUCGACUUCAACACCUCGCAAAAGCGUACCAGGUGCCAAAGAUUCGAACAAUUCAACUGUAGAGGACGUCUCAUUGCAUAUUCCUGGGGGAUUCCCCAAAGGAAAGAGAAGGCUCAUGAAGAGAAAGAGUAGUGAACCUAAAAGGGCGUUUGAUUUGAGUUUUAGAGAGGUAGAGGUGAAGUCAUUACAACCAGAUAAGUUGGAUGAUCAGCCAGGAGAGGUUUUAAAGAGAACGAAGCAGGUAUUAGUGGAAAGCGUCGAGGAGGUUAUUGAGCCAAUCGAAGAGCCCGUUGGCGAACCCGUUGAUGAGCCGGUUGAAGAGUCAGCCGAAGAGCUAGUUGAUGAGCCGGUUGAAGAGUCAGCCGAAGAGCCAGUUGAAGAGCCAGUUGAAGAGUCAGUCGAAGAGCCAGUCGAGGAGCCAGUCGAAGAGCCAGUCGAGGAGCCAGUCGAAGGGCCAGGCGAAGAGCCAGUCGAAGAGCCAGUCGAGGAGCCAGUCGAAGAGCCAGUCGAGGAGCCAGUCGAAGAGCCAGUCGAGGAGCCAGUCGAUGAGCCGGUUGAAGAGCCAGUAGAAGAGUCAAUUGAGGAGCCAGUUGAUGAGCCAGUUGAAGAUCCAGUUGAGGAAGCAGUCAAGGAGAUCAAGGAACCAUUCGAGGUGUCAAUCGAGGAACCCGUCGAGGAGCCAGUCAAGGAGCCAAUCGAGGAACCAGCUGAGGAACCAGUCGAAGAGCUAGUCAAGGAACCAGCUGAGGAGCCAGUUGAAGAGCCAGCUGAGGAAACUGUUACAGACCCUAUCCAAGUGGACACCGAAUCAAUGCAUAAAGAAAACCAAUACCCAUCAGAAACAGCAGAACCUACACCAGAUGAAUCGGAAGCUCCAGAUCUAUCCUCUAAUUGGACAAUACUAAGCUCUUCUACUCAGUCAGAACAGUACGAACUACCAGAUCCUCAAACUCCCCCUAAACAACUAGAAACAGUGCCACUCUGGGAUCCAAUUGACGUGGACAGAGUGUUUUCAGUGCUAAACGAAAUGAAUUCGACAACAGAACUUGAAUACGCCAAGGAACUUCCUCCAUCCAUGCUGGAUACAACUGUCAUCAACUGGCUUAGCAGGAAUGGUGAAAAUGCAGAAGCAGAUUUGAUGAAGAAAUGCGAAUCACUCGUUGAAAAGUAUCGCAGCGAAGGAGAAAGAGCACUCGCAGCAAUCAUGAACUUGCCAACUAUUGACUAA